AUGGCAAACCAAGAGUGGAAAAACAAAACAGUUGUUACAGAGUUCAUCCUCCUGGAUUUCGGGAAUGGCCCUGAACUGGAUUGUCUUCUCUUCCUGAUGUUUCUGUCAGUCUAUAUCCUGACCAUAACUGGAAGCACCUUUAUCAUUGUGCUGGUGGUGGUUAAUCAGCACCUUCACACCCCAAUGUACUUCUUCCUGGGGAAUUUGGCCUGCUUGGAAAUCUGCUACAGCUCCAAUAUCUUGCCGAGGAUGCUGCUGAGCUAUCUGGGUGGAGACAGGAGUAUUUCAGUCAACGGAUGCUUCACACAGUACUAUUUUUUCGGCUGCUUGGCAGCUGCUGAGUGCUACCUGCUGGCAGUGAUGUCCUACGACCGGUACCUGGCAGUGUGUCAGCCCCUGCACUACCCAACCCGCAUGAACCCCGAGCUCUGUCUCCAGCUGGCCACCACGUCCUGGGUCAGUGGCUUUCUGUCCAACUCCAUACUGACCCUCCUGAUCACCAAUUUAGAUUUCUGUGGGCCUAAUGAAAUCGACCAUUUCUUCUGUGACUCCCUCCCGAUGCUAAAACUCUCCUGCAGUGACACUCGUGUGGUUGGACUGCUCACGUCUGUUGUGGCAGGGGGGGGGUGUCUGACCUUCUCAUCUUAUCUCUACAUCAUCCUCACGGUCCUGAGGAUUCCUUCUGCCCAUGGAAGGAAAAAGGCCUUUUCCACCUGCUCUUCACACCUUAUUGUGGUGAUUCUUUUUUACUGGUCCAUAUUAGCUGUCUAUGUACUCCCUCAUCACAACACCCAAGUAUCACCCAACAAAAUCUUCUCUGUUUUCUACACCAUUCUCACUCCCUUGGUCAACCCUCUCAUCUACAGCCUGAGAAACAAGGAAGUGAAGGAAGCUCUGAGAAAGCAUAUAAGUAAAUUGCUGCCUUUGUGUUCUGUGAAGAGAAAGAGAGUCAUAAUCCUCAGUGAGUUUCAGACACAACUACAAGGCGUGUAA